UCUGUGGUCCUCUAUUUUUUCGGUUUUCCACUUCCUACUUCCUACUUUCUAAUAAUUCUUAAUUCUGUAGUUCCCCUAAUCCUUAUUUUUUGUUCUGUGUAAUAUUUGAAAUUCUUUUUCUAAUUAUUAAGUUUUUUAUGUUUUUUUAUUUAAUUAAAAACAUAUUAAAAACAACUUGCUGUUUAACAUGAUAAAUAAACUUACAAACACCUUCUAUUUCUUAGCCUUACUUUCAGUAAGUAAUCAAUUAACUGUUUUAGAAAUAAGGAAUAUUUUCGGUGAUAAAUAUUGUAUUCCUGGAAGUGCUUUGGAUUUUAGACAAACCGAGUCAAUUGUUGAAACAAAUAAACAAUCUUUAAAUUUAGGAGUUUCAAUAAAUGAUGUAACUAGCCAUGUAGAUGAAGACAAGUCUGCAAUGAGUUCUGUACACGAAUUGUCUCAGUAUAAUAAAAUAUCAUAUUCAUAUGAAUUAAUUAAUGAACAGGGUCCUGCACAUAGUAAGGUUUUUACAUUAGUCUUAUAUUUAGGUGACGAGCAAUAUAAUGCUGAGGGGAAAAGUCUAAAAACUGCUCAGCGAAUAGCAGCUUCUACGGCUUUAAAAAGCACUCAGUAUCAACAUCCUCCCUUAAAAAUUAAUGAAAAUGAAAAAUCUCUCACACCUACAGUUUUGUUAAACAACUUAUGUGCUAAACUAGGUCUUGCAGUAAAAUAUGGUGUGAUAACAAAUGAUAUACUGGAAGAGUUGGAAUCACAUGAUGACAGCACAGAUACAUUUCCUAAGAAGUCAUAUUUACAAAGAUUAAACGACACAGUAUACUCUAACGGCUCAAUUCAUAUCCGAAAAGAUACUUCUGAUAAUAAAGGACCAUUUACAGUUCAAGUAAUGGUAAACGAUGUGAAAUUUAAAGGCAAAGCUCAUACAGUACAAAAUGCUAAACACGAAGCAGCUUUAAAUGCUUUGAAAUAUUUAAAAGAAAAUAAAGAUUCUUUUUCAUGUUUGAAAGACGAUGGUUGUAAGCAACAGAGGCAGGCUGUUGUUAAGUCACCUAUUUCUCUGGUUUAUGAAGCAGCUCAAAAGCGAAAUAUGCUAGUUGAAUUUGAGAUUAUUAACGAAGAAGGACCAGCACACAAGAAGUCUUUUACCACAAGAUGUACGGCUGGCGAUUUAACAUCGACCGGUACAGGCAAAUCCAAAAAGGAAUCUAAAAAAUUAGCGGCCGAAAAUAUUUUACCUAGUCUAAAUAAAAUUCCUGAAGUAAAGGAUGUUAAACAAGUUAUAAACUCCAGUAAGAAAAAGGACAAAAGACGUAACAAGAAAAACAAGGUAGUAAAGACGACCUUUGACAAAAUUGAUAGGAUGCUUGAUAAUGUUAUGGAAUUUGGGAAAAGUUUAUUUAAUAAAGCAGAAGAUGAGGAUUCAACAGAUGAGGUAAAGCCAAAAAAGAAUAAAAAAGUGGACACAAGAUCAGCAUCUGAUGAGAUAUUAAUCCUUGGCAAAAUUUUACAAUUAGAGAUGCAAUACAGUGAUUUUUCUGAGAAUACAAAACAUUAUGCACUUUUGGAUUUAGGAACUAAACCUUCUUUUGUUUGUUUAGGUGAAGGUGUAAAUAAAAAAAAUUCCAGAGAUUUGGCUGCCAAACAUGGGAUUAAUGUGUUAUAUAAGUUAGGUUUGUUAGAUAACAUUCUUGGAAAAUCAUCUGAUAUCAGCAGUAUUUUGGAUAAAGAGGAGUCUUAUCAAAAAUUAAUUUUAGAGGUUGUUGAUACCAAAGAAGAAAGAAACGAAUUAUAGUUUUUAGCGUUUAAGUUUUUUAAAAAUAAAUUGUUUUUGAAGAUUGU